AUGAGUAGCCAGAGCUCCUCGUUCAGUCUGCCUAGAGAUGCUAGGCGAGACGUGGGAGCGGCAUCCCCGCAGCAGCAACACCGGAGAUCCCAUGGGCAGCAGCAGCAGCAGAAGCAGCGAGGGGACAGCCACAUGUCCAUCCCGCCUCUGAUGCGCAAUGGUAGCAGCCACAGCAGCAACCCCAGCAGCGGCAGCGGCCUGCCUUUGUACACGGACGUGGUAAUUGUAGGGGCUGGCCCUGCGGGUUUGACUCUUGCCUUGUCUUUGGCACUCCAAGGCGUAUCCUUUGUCAUUGUCGAUGCAGCCCCAUGCACUCCCCAGGAGAGCCGUUCGCUGACGGUGCAUGCGCGGACUUUAGAGAUUCUCGAGGACCUCGGAGUUGCGGGAAGUUUCUUGACAUUGGGCCUUCUUUGCCGCGCGUUCGAGUUGUGGGUGAGCGGGCGCAAGAGCCUCUCAGUGCCCCUAAGAGACACAGAAACGGCUGCUGCGCCCGUGCGGGUUCCCACCUUGAAGGCUCUCGCCUCUUUGGCUGGCAGCUUAACUGCUUCUUCAGAUGCCCCGGAAGUCAACGCAGCCUGCAGCAGCGGAAGCCCCUUUCCGUUCGCCCUCAUCCUGCCACAGGCCACCACCUGCCAGAUCCUGGAGAGAAGGCUCAACCAACUGGGACAUGAGGUCCACCGACCUGUUGCCGUGUGGCAAAUUCAAGGAUUCGAUGCAGACGAACCUAGCGCGUUCCCUGUUGACCAGCGUACACAGCAACAGCAGCAACAACAGCAGCAAAAACAGCGACAGCAACGGAGCACAGAAUCGACCUUGACUACGCAGGAGGAUUCCGAUCAGAGUUCCUUCCGCUCUCCUCAUGAGGUUGCAGACGAACCGCAGGUGAUAGCGGGUGCAGAACAGCGGCAGGUGCACAGACAGGAGCAACAGCCGCAACAGGAGCAGCAACAGCAGGAAGAAUCUUUCUUCCCGGCCUUUACAGCUGGUGGGCACGCUUCACGGAGGGACAGCUCCAACAGCCAGUUGGGGUACCCGGUGUCUGUACACUUCGGCCACUAUGUCCCACGCAAUGGAUCGUCAUCCUUCUCAGCAACGACACCAGCAUCCGUGGAUGAGCCACCCGUGAGAUUUGGCGUGGUGUGCUGCCGAUACGUCGUGGGCUGCGACGGGCCAAGGUCUGCUGUUCGCAAGGCAGGGGGCAUCUCGUUUGAACAGCGGACCAACCCUAGGUCUUUCAUAGUGGCAGACUUGCAGCUUUCGCCUACACUGAUGUCAGCUUGCAGCUCUACGGUAUCUCCUGCACAAUCUCCUGUGCUGGGUGCGUCUUCCUCCCCCACUCGGACCCCUCCAGAGUCACCUCGAGGGGAGUUCAAUGGCAACCCCACGCAGGCCUUCGCAGCCAGCCCUUUCCAACUGGCAAACCGGCAUCAGCAAGGGGAGGAUGAUGUCCCACUGACACUGUCCUCUUGGGAGCAGCAACAACAGCAACAAGAAGCGAGCAGCUGCCAGCUUCUGGGCUGCGGGGGCCUCGGAGUUCCUGUCGAUGGUUUAUGGGGUGAAGGGCUCCUCUCUGGCUUGGGAAAAAGACUGCAUGCAGCAGCUGCUGCCGCUCUGGAGCCAGGAGAGGCAGAGAGGGCUCGGCUGAUGGCCUCAGGAAGACGAACUGCUGCAGGGGAUGCGGUGGAGAUACACCUGACCUCAAAGGGAUUUGCUGCGUGUAUUCCAAUGCUGAAGACUGCAUCAGCGUCAGCCGUGGCCCAGGCUACAGAUUUUGGGAGCCGCAAGAGCGGCAGUUACGGCGGCAGUAGAAGCUUUAGGCAGCAGCAGUUGUUGAUGCACCGGCGCAGUACAAGACCCGCGGACACAUCAGCAUUCCGAUGGAGGGUCGUUACUGAAAAGAUCCCAUCAAUGACCGCUCUUGCCCCUAGCCAUGCGAUGUCGUUCACCGACUCUGCUGUCGCCCCUGCUGCUGCUGCUGCUGCGACUGCUGCUGCUGUGGCUGGGGAGAACGACACCCGGAGACAGGAGUCGCAAGCUGAGACACGCGAGGAGCUCCUGCAGCAGGUUGAGCGGAUAUUCGUGGGCUGCCGAGUGACGGAGGUUUACUGGUCCGCAGUGUACAAGUCAGCGGUUCGAAUGGCUUCUGUGCUGCGUCGCAAACGGUUGCUGCUAGCCGGAGAUGCGGCGCAUGUUCACCCUUCAAUAUUGGGACAAGGAAUGAAUCUAGGAAUGCAGAAUGCUUACAAUCUGGGGUGGAAGUUAGCCCGCGUUCUUCGCCAUGGUGCUUCUCCGCAGCUGCUGGACUCCUACUCGGAAGAAGCGAAACAAGCAGCAGAGCAAGUCGUGGGGCUAUCCGACCGUUUUUUCCAGUCUGUUCUUUCGGCCAACGGCUCCGGCGGACUUCUUUCCAGGCUUUUACUGCGCAUGGGGGCUGCCGUUGCGUCUCACUUGCCGAGCGCUGCGAGGAGCUUCGGGCAGACGCUUAUUGCUUUGGGGAACGGCGAUUCGUCUUUCAUAUCGGGACUGAAGCCUGGCUGCAGAGCCCCUGACUGCCUCGUCAAAGUUGCUCGGUUCCCGAAGAUGCAUCCUCCAGAUGUGGCAGACCCCGUGGCUGGUUACCUUUUCGAGCUGUUGGGCAAAGGUCGCCAUCUGUUGCUGCUCCAUAUAAUGCUUCUGCCUCCAGGAGCCAGAAAGCAAAACAUAUUCGGAUGUGAAAUAGCGGGAGCUCCCCUUGUCUCACGGUACAACAAUGAGGCAGUAAGCACUCUGGCGCGACUUUGUCAGCUGGCAGUUCUGGCUGCAGCCAAGGGUGCUUCAUCUGCGGCUCCAUCUCCAGUAUGUAAAGACCUCAACUCUUCGCGUUCCGGGUCAUUUAAUGUCUCUGCAGCAGCAGCGCAGAGCCUCCACGCUCCGUUUUCAGCAGCAGACUUCGUAGACUUCCCUGCCGGCCUCGAAACGGGUCUUGGCAGCAGCAGCUGGCGCAGGGGAGCAGGAAGCAGCGAUUCAGAGACAGACGAUGACAAUGCAUAUGAGGACGGAUUUUAUGGAGCUGACAGUGGCAGAGAUACCUCAAUGGGCACUGCUAACAGUAGGCCCCUGAGUUCAAGGCGUGGUCUCGAGACACCAAUGGCAGCUGCUGCUGCGGCUGAAGCGUCCGCUGAGGGUGGUGCUCCUGUUGGAGGCAGAGUCCUGCGACGCCACACGGAGUGCCCCACAGCGAGCGGUGCCUCAGCCGCAGCUACGGAGAGACAGCUGUGGGCUUCGGAUUUGCGCGUUGUGUGGUGUUUCCACGGGCCCACAGCUGCUGUGCACACAACCGCCACAUCAACCAGCAUCACUUCAGAGAUUGUGCGGGGCAACUCGCGCUGCAUUCCUCCUGCCAAAAGUCGUUCGCUUCUCCAGCAGCAACAGCAGCAGGCUCGGCUUCCUUCAGGAUCGCCGGUUGCGGCGGCAGCGGCAUCCAACGCAAAGAUCGAAGUGGAAGAGUGUCACCUUGUGGAGCGACCGCUGUUGCAACUCCUGCCACCUGCUUUGCUGCAGCAGAUGCAGCAGGCGAGCAGCGGCAGCAAAGGCAGUGGAGGGUUCAUCCUCAUAGACUUCCUCAGUGAUCUACAGAGCAAAUUUGGUUUAUCUCUAGCUGACCCGCACGCCUCUGACGGUGCUGAGGCCAGCUGCGGCUUCUGCCUCAUCAGGCCAGAUGGAUAUUUGGCGCAUUGUGGGAAAGUUGGGGACACGAAGGCUGCCAGGGGCCUCCUCGACUACCUUAUCAGGUUCUAG